AUGGAUCAAUUUACAAAUCCAUAUUCAACAAUUCUAUCAGCUAUAAUCAGUUUUAUAUUUAUUGGAUUGUUAGUUGAUGUUGGAUAUAGUGACGAUAGAGGUGAGACAUGUGCAGAAGGAUGUCCAAGAAGAUGGAUAGGUGAUGGUUUUUGCGAUAGAGCUUGUAAUAAUGAAAAAUGUAGAAAUGAUGGAGGUGAUUGUCCAGGACAAGGAAAAUCAAAUUAUUUUUGUAAAACUAGUUGUCGAAAGAGUUGGAUUGGUGAUGGAUAUUGUGACCCAGAAUGUAAUAAUGCUGAUUGUUCUUAUGAUGAAGGAGAUUGUGGAGCUAAUCCAAGAUCACCAACUCAAACAUGUGCACCCGGAUGCAGAGAAAAAGAAAGAGGUGAUGGUAUUUGUGAUGCCAGUUGUGAUGUACAAGAAUGUAAUUUUGAUAACUUAGAUUGUGAUCCAAAGAAAAAAAAUCCUGAAGAAUGUAAUGUUGGAUGUUUAAAAGCAAUGAUUGGGGAUAAAGUUUGUACCAAAGCUUGUAAUGUACCAGAAUGUCUAAAUGAUGGAGGGGAUUGUAACAAUUCAGCCAAGGAAUGUAGUAAAGGAUGUAGUUGGAAAAUGAUUGGUGAUAAAAAGUGUCAACCUGACUGUCAAGUUUUAGCAUGUUCAUUUGAUGGUGGUGAUUGUGCUCCACCCAUUGAUAUCGAUGAUUCACAAUUUUGUUCCAAAGGAUGUUUUAAAACAUUUAUAGGUGAUGGAGAAUGUGACUCAGAGUGUUAUAAUGAAGCUUGUAAAUGGGAUGGAAAAGAUUGUACUAGUCCACCAACUUCAAAGGGAAUGAUCACCAAAGAAUGUUCAGCUGGUUGUCAACCUGCAAUGAUCAAGAAUGGUGUUUGUAACAAUGAAUGUUAUUCCAAGGAAUGUUUGUUUGACGGUGGUGAUUGCCGAGGUGGAAAUGAAAAGCAAGAGUGUGCUCCGGGAUGUCCCCUCAACCUUGUCGGUGACGGAUGGUGUAUGUCUGCAUGCAACGUAAAACAAUGUAACUAUGAUGGUGGUGACUGUGACGUUGUCAACUCUGGAAAGAUUGGAGGCAUGUGUGACUUGGGAUGUCUAGAAUCAAUGUUGGGUAAUGGAGCUUGUGACUAUGAAUGCAAUACAUUCAACUGUCAAUAUGACAAUGGUGACUGUGGAGUGAUUGGUGGUGCCAAUUCAACCACCCUUCUCGACUCUAAAGGAGUAUCCAAUGGAACAUGCCAAUUGGCACCCAAGACAAGAGCAUGUGGAGUAAAAGGAAAGGUGGUGUCUUCAACCGCCUGCAUGGGUGCAGACAACCAUAUCAUGUUGCAAAUGGACAAGCCAAAGAACAAAGAAGAGGAAACAUGUCAACAAAUGCAAGCCAAAAUGAUAUGUUCCCAAGGUUGUGUUAGCUGUGAUGGCAAGAGUAAACCCAAACCAGUGUGUCGACAAACCUGUCUAGAUUACAAAAAGGCAUGCAACAAUCUCCUUGGUCUCGCUCAAUUAGACUGUAAGAGUGACUUGUUUAGUGAUAGUGCAUGUACCAAGGUUGACAGUAUUUUAAGAGCUAGAAGUUCAGCUUCUUCUUUAUCACUCCAUCAUAUCUUCUUUAUAUCUAUGUCAUUGUUGGUAUCAAUCUUCCAAUUUUCUCUUUAA